CGCAUUCCACACCUGCGCCAGGUAGGGCAAGGCCGCAGAACUGGAUGCACCUGCAGCGCAGCGCACAGGAGAAACGUCACGCUUUAUUUUCCAGCCGAAAGUCCUGAGAAGGGGUUUGAUCAGCCUGGAGUCAUGAGUGGGGAUUAUGGAGGUUGUGAUUUAGCCGUGGUGUCGUUAGGGGACAGUGAGCAUGAAGCGGACUAUGGAAUUCAGCUGACCCCGGAUGGACUCAUAAACACCACGGGCUGGAGCGCAAAACGCUCUGAAGAAUCUCACUCAGGCAUUUCAGAAAGCAAAGGUCAUUAUUCUAAUGGCACCCCGACUAUGGGCUCGUCCACAGAUGCGUCCAGCAGCACGGGUGAAGUGCCUCGAUGUUCUGUGCAUGAAGUAGAACUGGACCGGUACUGCAGGACGGAAGGGAGAGCGGUGUGCCAGCAGUGCGUUCACCACGGAUCCUGCCGAAAUCACAUCGUGAUCGAGCUGCGUUUACGAGCCUCGGCUGUCAGGAAUCAGCUGGUGGACAUCUGUGAGAAAAUGCAGCUGCAAGCCCUACAGAUAGAGCGCUUCAUAAAGAACACACUGACGGCAAAGGAGAAGGCCUUGCAGAUGGAUGCGAGUAGUGCCCGUGAGCGAGUUGUGACUCAGGUGAACACCGUGCGUGAAGCCCUGGAUGAGGAGGAGCAGCGUCUGUUGGAGGUUGUGCAGAGAGAGGAAGAGCGACUCGAGCAGUGUCUCCUCACACAGCGGGCACACUGGACCAAGGCGCUCGACACACUCACACAUGCCCGCACCAGCCUGGUGCACACGCUUACACACUCGACAGACACCAUACUUGUGAGCUCAAACUCGGAAAUAGCAGACAGGAUUGAAGAUGCCGAGGGUGUUGGAGAGCCCAAAGACUCAGAUCGCCUGAACCUAAACAGGAACUGCAGUGAUAGUCAGCUCAUGUUGGGCCUGUGGGCUAGUGCACUGCUUCUAGGACCGACCGCUAAAACUCGGCUGUACUUCGAUGCGCGCACCGUCAGCCAUCUCCUUCUGCUCUCCUCUGACCAGCUCAGCCUCACUUACCAGCCAAAGCGACAAAAGAAGCCUCUUCCAUAUGACCCGGCACGUUUUGACAACUGGCCCAAUGCCCUGUGCCUGGAUUCCAUCAGUUCAGGCACGCAUUCCUGGGUGCUGUACGUGGGUAACAGUGCUGCCUUUAAAGUGGGCGUCUGCUACCAAAGCAUGGAGCGCAAAGGCUCGACCAAUGAAUCUCGUCUAGGCUUCAAUGCCAAAUCGUGGGUGCUCUCGCACUAUGAAGAAAACUAUUCCUUCUGCCACAAUGGGCAGAUCAUCAACGUGGUCAUAGUCAAGAGUCCUACGAAAGUAGGAGUGCUCCUGGACUGGACCACACAAACACUGCUGUUCUAUGAUCCAGACUCAAUGUGUGUGUUGCAUGCCGUAAGACAUACUUUUACUGAGCCACUGCUGCCUGCUUGUGCUGUGGCUGAUCAAAGAGUGUCUAUUAUUCACUGCUAAUACGCACUGUACAGUGGUGCUUGAAAUUUUGUGAACCCUUUAGAAUUUUCUAUAUUUCUGCAUAAAUA